CAUGCGACUGGCUCCCCAAACCCUGUCCCACUUCGAGUCUUCUCCCUUCUGAGCCACACUCACACAUCGAUCGUUCCCCCAAGAUGCUAUUGCCGCUCAAGGCAUUGGCACUCGGUGCUGCCUUGCCUCUCGCGCUUGCGCUCUCGCCUUCGGAAAUCCCCGCGGACUGGCCGGUCAACAAGCUCAUUACCACUGCCAACGAGAACCUGGCGGCGGGAAACCCUCAGGAUGCCUUGACAUACUUCGACGCGGCCAUAAACAAAGAUCCGCAAAACUACCUCACUUUCUUCAAGCGCGGCGCGACCUACCUCUCGCUGGGAAAGAACACCCAGGCUCAGCAGGAUUUCGACAGAGCGCUCGCCAUUAAGCCGGACUUUGACGGCGCUCUGCUGCAGCGGGCUAAGAUAAGGGGCAGGAACGGUGACUGGGAGAAUGCCAGGCAGGACUACGAAAAGGCCGGGAAGAAGGGUGGCCAGGAAAUCGCGGAGCUGGGGGAAGCGCAAGGUGCGACCACGUUGGCAUUUGAGGCGGAAAAGCAAGGAGACUGGGACGGAUGUGUCACCAAUGCUGGCAUUGCUAUCAUGGUGGCUGGUGGAGCGCUGGACUUGCGGAAGCUUAGGGCGAGAUGCCGCUUCGAGAAGGGAGAGGUCGUGGAAGGAGUCAGUGACCUGCAGCACGUUCUGCAAAUCUCGUCCGGUUCCAUGGAAGCACACCUUCAGAGCUCGGCUAUGACUUUUUACUCUCUCGGCGAAACCGACAAAGGACUUGCCCAGAUUAGAAAGUGUCUUCACUCGGAUCCGGACGCCAAGGCCUGCAUGAAACUUAUGAAACGGGAAAAGGCUCUUGACAAGCGGUUAAGCAAACUCAAGGGACUACUCGAGAAAAGGCAAUUCAGCAGCGCGGUCAAGCAGUUGGUCUCUUCAGGAGAAGACGGAAGCUUGCUUCAAGAUGUGAAGCAAGACACCCAAUCGUACAGGGAACAAGGUUAUGUCCACGGCAAGGCUCCUGAUGGUCUGUACCAUAACUUGGUUGAGAUGACAUGCGAAGCAUACGUCGAGAUGAACAACAAAAAGCGCGCUCAACCGUAUUGCUCCGAGGCGCUCACGUUCAACCCUACAAACAUCCACGGUCUUCUUCUGGAAGCGGAACGUCAAAUCGACGCCGACGAGUUUGAGCCAGCCAUCAAGACGCUCAAUGAUGCCAAGGAGCAUCAUCCGGGCAACCGCAAGAUCCAAGAGCUUCUUCAAAAAGCGCACAACCUGCUGCGCCGUUCGAAGCAAAAGGACUACUACAAGGUCUUGGGGGUCAGCAGAGACUCAGACGAGAGGACGAUCAAGCGCGCUUAUCGCCAGCUCUCGAAGCAAUUCCACCCGGAUAAGGCGUCGCAGAAUGAUCUUACUCCCGAGGAUGCCCAGAAGAAGAUGGCUGCCAUCAACGAGGCCUACGAAGUCCUGAGUGACCCAGAGCUGAAGGCUCGCUUUGACAACGGCGACGACCCGAACGACCAAGAGCAGCAACGCGGCAACCCGUUCCAACAAGGCUCGCCGUUCGGUCAGGGCCCCGGAGGAGGUCAGUUCUUCAUGAGGCAGGGUCCUGGUGGCUCUUUCAAGUUCUCUGCAGGCGGCGGUGGUUUCCAGUUCCCGGGCGGAUUUCAAUUCCCUUAAUCUAUUGCUUUGCGAUAGCGUGCGGAGGAGUUUUGCGGUGUUCUAGCGGCGCUUGAGAGGGUAUUUAUACCAGGACGUGCGAGUCAUCGUGCAUUGGCACAGGGCUUGGGUGGAGUAAUUCGAUAAGAGCAUUGCUAUUUUUGCUGCAUAUUUGAACGGUGUUGCAC